AGCGCCUCUUUCCGGUCUCAUUGGCGCGCGUCGUAACAGGCGUCGUCAUGCCCCAAAGACCGCGACCGUAAUCAGUUCACGCAAUCCCCUCCGACGUCAACUCCCUCGUGAGGUUCACGACAGAUGAUGACAGACAAUACUACGCCGCUACCCCCGCCGUCUGCGGCUCCUAGUCAGGAUGCCCCUCCCGUACCUCAGGGCCCGUCGGUCAAGGAAGACGUUGCCCAAAAGGUCGAGAUGGUGGAAGAAGAACCCUACACCAUCAAGUGUAUCUGCAAUUUCUCUGACGAUGAUGGAAACACGAUUUACUGCGACACGUGCGACACGUGGCAACACAUCGACUGCUUCUAUCCUGACAACAGGGACGAGGCCAUCAGUGAGGACUUCGCUCACUCAUGCGCAGAGUGCAAACCGCGUCCACUUGACCGUCAGAAAGCUAUCGAGCGGACCCUACGACUCAGAAAUACACCCGCCGAACACCAGCUAUCCGACAAGAAAACCAAGCGACCACCUUCGAAAAGCCAUAAGAAAAAGGCGAAACCCAUCGAGCUACAAAUAAACGGACAACAAAACGGCACUCAUGAGAGUGGCAAACACCCCAGCCCAAAUGACCCUACCCAUCCCCCCAAGAAACCAAAGCCCACGCACCGAGCAUCACAAUCCGUCGGAUCGUUGCCUUCCAAACGAAGCCCCUCGUAUGGAAUCGCGCGAUCUAAUCCUGCCCACCCUCCCAGCCCAGCCACCACCCCACCCGACCUUCCCGAAGAUUUUCAGAUCCACCAUUACUCUCAAGGUUUCUGCGACUUGUACAACGCAAAGGCUGUACCGGAUGCCCACAAUAAUGCCUUCGCUAGCCUCGCCAUCCCUACGGCUCUCUCUCGUUGGCUUCGCGACCCGGAUAUCAUGAGGAGUGAGGUAGGUCGCACACACGAAGAGGUUUUCCAGACCGAACCAGCAGACCUCGAGGCCAAAAAGCCAAAACUCGAACUUAAGGACGCAACCCGAUCGGUUGAAGAUGGCAAAUCCCUUCGGUGGCGAUUCCUCAACUCUACCACGCCCAUCGAGAAGGAUGUGCCUCUCAUUGAAUUGAAUGGCUCAAUCGGGUUCCAAAAAGACUACUGCGCCGACAUGUCAAACCUUUGGGCCGAUCUUUCCUCCCCUCUUCCCUUCGUCUUCUUCCACCCCGUCCUCCCUCUCUACAUCGAUACCAGGCAAGAAGGCUCACUCGCCCGCUACGUGCGCCGGAGUUGCAAGCCCAACGCCCAACUAGACACUUAUCUUUCCGGUGGCUCCGAAUAUCAUUUCUGGAUCGUCAGCGAUCGUUACAUUUCCCCCAACGAACAAAUUACGCUUCCUUGGGAUUUCCGACUAGAGAAGAGUGUCGACGCCCGGUGGCUUCAUUUACUUGGGCUUAGCGAAGACGAAUCAUCCGGACACCCGGAAUCGAGUGUGGACGAAACGGAAUACAUGCUCAUUUCGAACUGGAUUGAUCGGAUUCUCUCUGAAUAUGGUGGCUGUGCCUGCGAUCAAGAUAACAACUGCGCAUUUGCACGGUUCCAUCGACAAUACAUCUUUGGCAAGACACAGGCUCGCGUCCAGCCCAAGAAAAAGCAGCGCAAACCCAAGACCCAGGCCAUCUCACCCACAAACACUAGCCAGGCCACCAACAGUCGAGCUGCUAGUGAAGGCCACGUUGAUGAUGCUCUAGAUCAAGAUGCAAGGUCGCAAUCGGGAUCGCGCAGCAAGCCGCCGAGCCGAGACCUUACUCCCCUACGACAAGGCUCUUUUGAUCAACUGGGAAUAUUGACCGAGCCGACAGAUCGGGACAAGCGCAAGGUGGCCAUGGUUGAGGAUUCAUUCCGCCGCAUGGAGCAACAACAACCGCCAAGGAAAAAGAAGCGCAUCUCUGAUGGGACAAACGUCUCCACUUCCUCAAAAUCGAAGGGCCGCACUGGCUCAACAGUCUCCCAAGGAAACUAUGUUGAUUCAGGUACUUGCAGGAGCAAAUCUGGAUCGCCAGCCAGCUCCCGAUCCCCUCAGCUUUCCCAUAAACCCUCGAUUUCAAAAACCGAAUCCUCGGCUGCUAGGUCGCGCCAGUCCUCAUCAACCCCCAAGGUGACGUACUGCAAUGCUGCUGUACAGACCGAUCCGGUUGAAGGCGAGUGGUUCAGCGAACCGAUAAAGUCUCCUCAACCGAAGAAGCGAAUCAUCUCCCUCUCAAAGCGCCUACUGAACAACCGCAACAAAGUUCGAGGUGAUGGCCGCAGACAGUCACUCGCCACUCAAGUGUCAAAUGGCACGGAAAUGGAACUCGACUCCCCGACAAUUGAACAGAAGCCCACGAUGGCAGUAUUGGAGGCCGAGCUGCCAUCUCCAUUGCCACGGGUCGCAGAUUUGUCUAUGGCAGACGCAGCGUCAGGGCCAGCCACGACACCCCUCCUUGCUUCUUCAACGAGUGACGCUGUCGUAGCUUCUAUCAAGGUGAAAACACCAGAUUUGCGUGUUCAGAUGCCACCAGUGCCGGCGUUCGAUAACACUGGUCUUGGGAUCCACUGUGCCACGACUCCCCACUCGGGAUCGGUGGUUCAAUCGCCACUGUGCAACGGAAAUUUUGCCAGCCCCUUUGCGCCGCCUGCGGUCAAUGGCAUCGCUGCCCAUCCUAGCCCAAUCAAGAAGAAGCUUAGCCUAAGCGACUACACCAAGAGCCGGAUGAACAAGGCGGCGGGCAAAGUAUCCGGAGCCAGCACUGUUAUCAAGGCGAAUAUUUCGAGCCCCGAGGACACCAAGGUCGACAUCAUUCUCGACUCUCCGCCAGUCGAAAAGUCAGGGGAAAAUGUGGCUCCUCCCACACCAACCCCGACAACCAACGGCCUUUUAUAACUGUACGAAGUGUCUGUACG